AUGGCUUCUGUCGCAGAGGCCCGCCGCAGUCCCUUUUCGGGCGACCCUCACCAUCCCAACCUGCACAAGUCGAUUCCCAUCCUGCCCUCGUCGAGCCCGAGGCUUGCGGCGUCCCGGGACCCCAUGGACAUCACGCCCUCGUCGUCGAACAUGGGCCCGCCCAACGAGCGCACCCAAUCGGUCUCGUUCCAGCUGCCGUCGCAAAGAGAAGGAAACGGCGAUUCGGAAAACACUUCGCCUCCCAAUGGCAACACCGCGCCUGCAGUGGGCGCUGCCGCAGCUGCACAACAGCCCAAGGUCGUCCAGACGGCCUUCAUACACAAGCUAUACAACAUGCUCGAAGACCAGAGCAUCCAGCACCUCAUCUCCUGGGCGAGCACUAACGAGAGUUUCGUCAUGUCCCCCUCUAGCGAGUUCUCCAAAGUGCUUUCGUCCUACUUCAAGCACACCAACAUUUCCUCAUUUGUGCGCCAGCUGAACAUGUACGGCUUCCACAAGGUGAGCGACGUUUUCCACACUGGAUCGCCAGACACUCCGCUUUGGGAGUUCAAGCACGGCAACGGAAACUUCAAGCGAGGCGAUCUGGUCGGUCUGCGCGAAAUCAAGCGACGUGCUUCUAGACAUGCCCUCGUCCAUCGCGAGUCCUUCCCCGCGCCCAAAAUGCCCCUCGGCCCACCAGCUGGGCAGGCGGUCGACCCAAUGCCGGAUCCUGUCGAGUCACGUCUCCAGAGUCUCGAAUAUAACCUCCAUGACAUGCAUGCGCGCAUGCAGCGGUCAGAAGACACAUGCGCAUACCUUACUCAAAGGAGUUCGGUGCUAGCCGAGGGCAUGAUGAAAUGCCACCAAUGGAAUCAGGACCUUGCAAACCUCAUCAUGCAAAUGGUGCCGGACCCGGAAAACCCUAUCCAUAGGGAUGAUAUCCGCUUACAUGGUUGGCAACCGCAGCCACCCAACGCUGCCGUCAAUUCGCCAUACGCUUCUGGUUACAACUCCACGCAAUGGCCCUCGUCACCGCGCCAUCCACCUAUCGGAGGUGGUGACCAGCAGCUCCGUGAUGCAUUGGAAUCGUAUCAAUUACCCCGCGGUCCACGGCAAGCACAGUCAAGACACGGCUCUCCUCCACCGCCAAAUGAAAAUAUGCCGUCGACAUUAAAUCCAGAUGCUGGCUGGACACUACCGGGAGCUAGAUACCCUUUCAAAGGCCUCGACACUGGACCACCUACUCGACGAUCUAGUAUGGCGUCCAAUGUCCACUCGCUCCUCAAUCCCGCGGAAACUGCGGAACGCAGUGAGGAGGAUGAAGCAGAUGACGUGCGUAAGCGAAAACGCAUGCAGUGA